UUUCUGCUUAGCUUUUAUUCACCAAACAUCAUUGCCCUUUUACCGAACUUCCCCUCCCCUUUCCCUUCUCUUCUUCCUCUUGCUCCUCAAAUCUUAACGCCAUAGUCGGUUCUCCCUCUCCACCCUCUUUCCCCCCGCAAAUCCCCAAUUGGGUUUCCUUCGAUUCAUUUGAAAACGAAAACUUGACGACCAGACAAGACAAGACUGGCAUCCACUGAUGGAGAGCGAGUUCUUUCUCAACGCAGGGAUGAAUCCAGUCCCGCCAUUGCCUCUGCAUUUCAACCCAACUUCUUCCAAUUCUCCUCCGAUGCCCGCCUGGCGCUCCCUCCCUCAUUCUUCCUCGGCCAUGGAUAUGAGUAAUGCCAACUAUGAGCAGCCUCCUCCUCCUGAUUGCUUCUUCGGAAACCCCAAUUGGGAUAGGUCAACGGAUCACCACACCGGAGGCCUCCAGUACGAGUCGGCGCUCAGCUCCAUGGUUUCCUCUCCCACGGCUUCCAAUUCCAACAUUCCCACCGAGAGCUUCAUGAUAAGGGAGCUGAUUGGAAAAUUGGGCAACAUCGGGGGCCACGGCAGCAACAAUCCCGGUGAGAUCUCGCCGCACUUGGCGGCGGCUUCAUCGUACGGCGGCAGCGCCAGCAAUUCGUGUUAUAGCACCCCUUUGAGCUCCCCGCCCAAGCUGAGCCUCCCCAGAAUGGAUCAGUUCGUCAAGACGAUGGGUCUCAAUUCCAGCGUGGCGGAAUUCAGCGCCGAUCCCGGGUUCGCGGAGAGAGCCGCCAGGUUCUCCUGCUUCGGGAGCCGGAGCUUCAACGGCAGGACGGUCCAGAUGAGCGGCGGCGGCGGCGGGGGUUUGAAUGCUCUUCCGGCAAUGAACGGGAGCCUCGGUGGCGGAAAAUUGCCCCGUGUUUCCAGCAGCCCUUCUCUAAAGGCGCUCGGAUCUCAAAAGGGGAACAAGGGUUCUCCUCCUCCGCGCCAGGAUGGUGGUGAAUUGGGCAAUUCCUCUGCCUCCCCUGAAGAAUCUUCACUAUCGGAGCAGCGGAUUCCCAACGCCGCCGGAGACGGCAGCGGAAAGGCUGCCGCCGCAGCCGCCAACGAGCCCAAUCCCAGGAAAAGGAAAGCCGCCCCGAAGGGGAAAGCCAAAGAAUCGGCCGCCGCCCGACCCAAUGCCAGCACCGCAAAGGAAGUGGAAACGAACGAGAACCCAACUGCGAAGCGGAGCAAGGGAAAUGGAAACAACGAGAGCAAGUCCCCCGCCAAGGCGGCGGAGGAAGACGCAGAGGCGGCGGGGAACAGCGGCGGCGGAGAGGAGAAACAUAGCAAGGGUAACAAUAACGAGUCGAAGCCGGUGGAACCCAUGAAGGACUACAUCCAUGUGAGGGCGAGGAGAGGGCAAGCUACUGACAGUCACAGCCUUGCUGAAAGAGUUAGAAGAGAGAAGAUCAGCGAGCGAAUGAAGCUUCUCCAAGAUCUUGUUCCUGGUUGCAACAAGGUAACAGGAAAAGCGCUAAUGCUGGACGAAAUUAUAAACUACGUGCAGUCAUUGCAACGGCAAGUUGAGUUCCUGUCGAUGAAGUUGUCUUCCGUAAACACCACCAGGCUGGAUUUCAGCAUUGACCCUCUCUCUUCCAAAGAUGUGAGUUUUGACUUUCUUUGCGUUAAAUGUUAAUCUCAUCAAUUAUUAUUAAAUAAUUAACGCGUAAUUGCUAACCCAAAAAAAAAAAAAAAUAUAUUAGCAGAUGUAUCAAAGAAACAACAGUGGAAUGGCGCACCCAAUGUUCCCAGUAGAUUCCUCGGCGUCAGCCAUAUUGGGUCACCACCACCAAAAUCAUCAUGGCAGCAACAGCAACAGCAGCAUCUCUCAUUGCCCGCUCGAUCCCUUCGCUCUCCACCAUGAUCAGUUCCAAUCCUUCUGUGACGACGACCUCCAGAGCAUUGUUCAGAUGGGCUUCUCCGGCAAUGGGCCGGACGCAGACUACAACUCAGGUUCAUCGCCCAAUCACCAACCAUCAUCUUCCCAUAUGAAAGUUGAGAUCUGAGGCGGCACUCCUGCUGAAUUAAUCAUUCAUCAUGUUUAUUUUUAUAUAUAUAUAAACAUCAAUAUUCUUUGGUCCUCAUCGUGAUGAUUAAUUAAAGAGGAAAAACUCCAAGGAGGAGGAGGAGGAGACGAGAUUGAUUGAUUGAAGCGGCUGGCUGGCUGGCUGGCUGUGCUAAUUAUGCUCUUUGUAUUUGUAUAUACCAAGAAUUGUUAAUGAGGGACCAACAACAAGUAUAUUUAUAUAUAUAUAUAUUUAAGGUGCCAUUUUAUAAUUUACUAGCUGCUAGCUGAAGAAGAAGAGAGGAUAGCUUUUACUUUUCAAUUAGCACCGACUUUGUUUGAUUGAGGGUUCUUUUUAAUGAAGCCUCUCCUCUUGUUAAUUCUUUUUUUUUUCCUUUCCUGGAACUAAUUAUCCACUGUAAUUUUUAAUUUUUUUACUUGUAAUAUUUAUUUGUCUAGUUGUUCUCUUCUCUCUCAAUUGUGUACCUCGAUUGGUGCACCAUUCCAUGUAAGAUUACCCGGCUAAUAUUUUUGUUGUAGUCAUCAUGUAAGAUUCAUUAAUUCAUGCUAAUUUGA